AUGUUGCAGGAGCAGCAACAGCAACGGCCGCCAGUACAUUUUUUUACGAACAACAACGUUUUCAACUUUACUAAAUUUCACAACAUCACGAACAACAACACCAGCAACGAUUAUAACAACUACACCGACGACAAACACUUUCAAUAUUAUUAUGACUACAACCAGAAAGAUGAUGUUUCUGAAGAAUUCAACUACUUGGACGUAAUUAACAUUCUCAUUCCAGUGGUGUUUGGGAUCAUAACAGCGGUCGGUACGAUAGGCAACUUAAUCGUCAUCGCGACAAUAAUCUACAACAGACACCGUCGCAAUCGACCGGCGUCAAACAAAUCGAGAGUGACGUCAUCGGCGACGACAUCCGUGGCGACAACCACCACAGACGUUUUGAUCGCCAGCUUAGCAUUUGCCGAUCUGCUGUUUGUCAUUAUCUGCGUGCCAUUCACGGCCGUUCGAUUCGUCACCGGGUGGCAUCUGGGUAGAUUUUUAUGCAUCGGACACGUGUACGGAGUGUAUCUGAACGCCUACGCAAGCGUGUACACCAUGGUCCUAAUGGCCGUCGAUCGGUACCUGGCCAUCGUGCAUCCCUUCUGCUCUAUAAAUUGGCGCACCCCUAGAAAUGCUCUGAUCGCCACACUGCUCGUUUGGCUCGUUCUCAUCGUCUGCAACUCACCUCUACUCUGGGAAAUUGAUACUUUCUACCAGGAAGGAUGGUUCUCUUGUAACUUCAUCAACUACAACAACAUGGAGGACCGGACGUUCGUGCAGACCUUCCACUCGACCUUCUUCCUCUUCUGCUUCUUCAUCCCACUGACCGCCAUCACAGUCCUCUACAGCCUGCUGCACAGAAACCUCAAGAGAGGAAUGCACAGACAUCCAAGGAACUUACCUCGAAACAGCCAGCAACUCAACAAAAACUCUGAAAUCUCUGAGAACCAGCUUACCGGAAUGCUGAUCGCUGUUGUCGUCACGUUCGCCGCCUGCUGGCUGCCAAUUCAAAUCUGCUUCCUCCUCUUCGCUUUCACAAAAUUCAACGAUACCGCCAUUAUGAUCAUCAUAAAGCUGCUGAGCAACUGCGUGGCUUACAUGAACAGCUGUCUCAACCCAUUCCUCUACGCCUUCUUCUCGCAGGACUUCAGGGACUCCUUCCUCAACCUCCUCCACGCCCUCAAAUAUUUCUGCUGCCCCAAAUCAUCUAAAAAACUAACGACAUUAAAAUCAACAACGAAAACAACAACAACAUCAACAUCAUCAACAACAACAACAACAUCAUCAACAACAUCAACAACAUCAACAAUGACA